UUAUCUUUCCCAAUUGUAGUUGUGAUUAUGUAAACUAUAAUUGGGCAAAUUUAUCUUUAAUUCGGCUAGUCCUCAAGUUGGUGAAAACAAAAAUCGAUUAGUUCGUUUUGCAUGAUGUAAAGACUGCGUUUUUAAGACAUGUCAUGGUUUGCAGUUUCUGGGAAACAGAAAUCGACAGACUAGUCAGCAGUGCAGCAGUUGACGAUCCCUCUAGGCGACGCAGUCAUGUAAUUGCAACAAUUUCUCAUGGCAUUAAGACGGCAGGUUCUUGGCUUAUACCGCUCACUGCUCCGCACUGCCAAGACGUGGGAAGCAGCCAGUGGUUUAGUUAACGAUACUAAAGAUGAGCAGCUCUACAUCCAUAAUGAAACAUGUACACUAUUCAAUAAGAAUAAACAGGUGACUGAUCCAGAAUUGAUUAAAGUCUACAUUCAGGAGGCAGAGACAAGAUUAGCCAUGGCAUUACACUACAGAAGCCCAUAUCCUCGACCGGUGAAUAUCCCACCGAUGGGUCUGCCAAAGUCUGUAAGUAAAGGAAAGAAGGCACAAGACAGACUGAGAAAGCAAGCCAAGCCUGUGUAUCUGCAAUCCCAUGAUGAAUACUGAUCGGUGUCAUGCUCCCUGUGUACAAUAACGGUUUACAAGCAGCAUUUCUCUUGAUCCUAAGAGGGACCAGACUGAUAUUUGCAUCCAAGCCUCGGUUUGGUUAUAUUGAUUUGAGUCUGAAGCUCAUUGCAGGCCUGGAGUUUCAACUUUGAGAGGUCAAAGCCAUUUUUGUUUUGCAAAGGCUACUUCCAUUGGAGAAUCUUAAAGUAUAAUAGACAACUUUUAAAGGGGCACCAAGGACAAGACCAGGGACAACAGAGGCCAUGCCUAUCAAACCAAUUAUCCUA